AUGUUUGGUCUGAUACUGAUAACACCAUACCAUACUACUAUUAACUAUGGGAAGGAAACUGAUGAAUGCAGUGCGAUUUUAAUGAGCAUGAAAGCUGAAAAUUAUGAGCAAUGCUUGGAUGAAAAAAUUAUUGAUAGAUAUACAACUACUAGUAGAAGUGAUACAAUAGGACUUAGACAUUCCAUCGUUUCGAGAAUGGCAUAA